AGAAAGAAAAUAAAGAUGGUGGUCUGAAUCUGAAGUUUGCGCAGUAGGAAUGUACAUUUUAAUGAAAUUAAAAGGUUUCUGUGAUGUUUCGAUGAAAAAUAUAUUAUAAUGUCGACUCCUGUGUCGAAUCGCAAAUAUGGAGCACAAAAAGUUCGACUCACAAUUCUGUGUGCAAGAAACUUGGUCCGAAGGGAUCUUUUUCGUUUGCCAGAUCCUUUCGCCAAAAUAUCAGUGGAUGGUAGUGGACAAGUGUAUUCAACAAAUGCUGUGAAAGCUACACUUGAUCCAAAAUGGAAUACACAUUACGAUUUAUAUCUCACUAAAGGAGAUGGUAUUACGAUCAGUGUUUGGAAUCAACGAAAAGUGCAUAAAAGACAAGGAUCCGGAUUCUUAGGAUGUGUUCGAAUACAACCUUCUACAGUGCACAAAUUGAAAGACACGGGAUAUCAAUGUUUGGAGCUGUGCGAGGACGGGUCUGGCGAGACGUGCGGUGUCCGCGGCCAGGUCAUAGUGUCCUUGCUGUCCCGCGACGGCGCGCGAGGGGAGCCGGCUUCCGCCGCGGGCGAGGGAUCUCCCCUCGCCGUGGUGGGGCCCGCGGGAGACGUGAGGUCGCCGCGUGACCCGCCCGUCAACACCAAUGCAAAUCAGACGCCGCUGCCGCCGCAUUGGGAAGAGCGGUUCACUGCAAGUGGCAGGCCAUACUACGUAAACCACGCGCUCCGCCGUACGCAAUGGGAGCGGCCGGCGCUAGAGGCAGCAAGUCCUGGGUCUCCGUCGCCUACGUCACCGCCCUCGUCACCUUCGCCCCCCGGAGUUGCGUCGCCUGCCACCACCCUGUCACCUGCGUCACCCUCGUCACCUGUGUCGGACACCGAUGUCAAUGUCUCCACUUCCAUAUCGUUAAGACCGGAGCCGCAACCCCAGACGGCGGUGCGUUCGCGGCAAGUGAACACGGCGGACCCGGGGAGUCCCACCAACGCCCCGGCGCCUACCACCUCCGUAGCGGCCACCGAUCUGCCUCCCGGCUAUGAAAUGCGCACGACCGCACAAGGCCAAGUAUACUUCUACAACCGCGUGACGGGCGCAUCAACUUGGCACGACCCACGCGUUCCACAACAUUUACGUCACUGCGCCGCCGCCGCCGGCCCUCUGCCGCCGGGCUGGGAGAUGCGCCACGCGCCCUCCGGCCGGCCCUACUUCGUGGACCACAACAACCGCACCACGCAGUUCACUGACCCGCGUCUCGCGCUGUCUCUGCGACUGCCGCCGCCCGACCCGGCGCCGCCCGCCGCGUCGCCACCACCGGUGCCCGCGGCCGCGCCGGCCAGCAGCGAGCCGGCGGACGACGCGCUGCCCAAGUACAAGCGCGACCUGGCCGCCAAGGCGCGCGUGCUGCGCUCCGAGCUGCUCGUGCUGCAGCCGCAGACCGGACACUGCAGGAUAGAGGUGUCACGCAACGAAGUUCUCGAAGAAUCGUACCGGCUCGUGAUGAAGCUCCGCGGCAAGGAGCUCCGCAAGCGACUGCUGGUCAAGUUCCGCGGCGAGGAGGGGCUCGACUACGGCGGCGUGGCGCGCGAGUGGCUCCAUCUGCUGGGCAGGGAACUGUUCAACCCGCAGUACGGGCUGUUCCAGUACGCCAACGCUGGCGAUGACAGAUACGCGCUGCAGAUCAAUGCUGAUUCUGGGGUGAACCCGGAACAUCUAUCAUACUUCCACUUCGCGGGACGCAUCCUGGGCGUGGCACUAUUCCACGGGCACCAACUCGACGCGGCCUUCACGGCGCCCUUCUACAAGCAGCUGCUCGGCCGCGCCAUCACGCUGCGAGACAUCCGCGAGGUCGACCCCGAGCUGCACCGCUCGCUGUCCUGGAUGCUCGAAAACAGCAUCGCGGGCGUGAUCGACACGACCUUCUCAGUCGAGUGCUCUUCCUUCGGCGCCGUGCGCAGCGUGGAGCUCCGACCGGGCGGCGCCGCGGAGCCGGUGACGGACCAGAACAAGCGCGAAUACGUGCGUCUGUACGUCGCGCACCGCUUCACGCGCGGCGCUGAACGCCAGUGGCUGGCCUUACAGCGCGGGCUCACCGACAUUAUACCGCCGCAGCUGCUGCGACCGCUGUCGCCGCGCGAUCUGCAGCCGCUGCUGGCCGGCCGCUCCGACCUUGACCCGGCCGACUGGAGACGUCAUACGCGCCUCAAGCAUGUGGCGCCGGAUGCGCCGCUCGUGGGCUGGUUCUGGGAGGUGGUGGAGGAGUUCGACGCAGAGAUGCGAGCACGCCUACUCCAGUUCGUGACGGGGUCGCGGCGCGUGCCGCUGGCCGGCUUCCGCGCGCUGCAAGGCUCCACGGGCGCCGCCGCGCCGCGCCUGUUCACGCUGCACCUCGUCGCCGACGCGUCGCCCGACUCGCUGCCCAAGGCGCACACAUGCUUCAACCGCCUCGACCUACCACCCUACCCGACCAAGGAACGCCUCCACGAUAAACUCAAGCAGGCCGUGCUCGAAACCGCCGGCUUUGCGGUCGAGUGAUGGCUUCACUGCCCACGCUUCUCGGUUGUGUUCGCGUCGUUUCGGGCGAUAGAAAUAAAUGUCUCUUUCACUCCGACCGACCCGAAACGACAGUCGUAGUGUACUUUCGACGUAAAAUUGUACAGGUAUCUUUCUUUUAUGCUUUUAUCGUUCAGUACGGGCAGGUAGUCUGUUAACAUAUUAUUUUAUUUACAUCUGCGUUCUUGAUUACGUUUGCAGAUGAUAUUUUUGAAUCAAACUGCUUAAUUACAAGUGUUCAGAAGACAAAAUUUGACACCGCGCUACUCUAUUUGCUGAGUGUUAUUAAUAUGUAUAAUGAGACUGAUACAAAAUUGUAAAAAAACAUGACAUAAGUAAUAUUUAACAGACCACAUGAAUACUAUUUACUCGUUAGAAAAUUAUAUCGGUAGCCUUGAACUAUUUUAAAUCGAAUAAGGCAUGACUUUUUAAAUCAAUUUGUGUUCAUUAGUCGUACACAAAUUUUUGUUAUUUUAUUUUCGCGUAACUCAGUUUGUGGUUAGGUGUUGGUUGCACUUAAUAUUUGAAUGCACAUUUAUAUCGAAAACGAACACAUACACGUACAUGCAUGACUAACAAUUUGAUAGCACACCAUGCUCAAUAAUGGUAUACAUACAUUUCAUAGACUUUAAGGAAUAUCUUGAAUUUAUAAGAAUUUAUUACAUAAAUAAUUCUGUGCGAUUCUCCAGUGAAUAGCAUAUGGUCUAUUUUGUAUUUGCUGGGCUUCCUUUUUCAUGUUUUUCUCAACUGUUACAGCUAGCGAUAUUUAUAUGUAACCUAGAUAUCAAUCUGUGUUAGUUAUAUUUUACAAUGCGGCACUAUUGUGUGAGAUGUACAAAACCGAACAUAUUGUAUGUAUUAGUAUUUUUAUAGUUAAUAUUAACAUGUUCAGUACAAAAUCUAAGAAUGCUGAUGUUAACAUUUUAUGUAUGUAUGUAAGGAAAACGAUGGGAUUAAUGCAUAAAUAAAGCUUUCGAAAGAGGUGAAUGCUCAUGAUGUUGGUGCCUUAUUAAUCUCAUAACAUUAAUAAUUUAAUAUGUAAAUAAAUCACAUUCAAGUUGCAAUAAAUUCAGAAAGUAGAAACUCGUUUUGUAAAAUGCUAUUUAUGACUGAAUAUUCCACUAUAUAAUAUUAUUCAACAUUUUAUAUUAUGUAAGAUUAAUUUACUGUGUAUGUUGGUAAAAUGUAUAUAAUAUGAAAUACCUGGUUUAGAAAUUUAUAUUUAUAACAUGGAUGAGUGCCUUUUAUCUAUUAAGUUACUUGUAAUAUUAAAAUUAUGACUGUUUAGUUAGUAGAUAAUGAUUU